AAGCUAACCUCUAAAAUGAGAUAAACAAAAAUCGUAUCUGCGGAUAAUCGUUAUGGAAAGCCCCGAGAUCUGGGACUUUAAAGAACCCGACCAUUUUUUCCAAAUUCACGAACACGCAAAGAUCCCGCUCGAAAAAACGAAAAGGUUUCCGUUCGCUCACUUAGUAACGGUGGUGCUUCCCGACACGUCGAAAGUGAGCUCUGACCUAACGGAAAUUCUUUCGAAAGACCGCGACUAUUAUAAAAUUUUAAAUUUUCGCCCGUCCGAGAUACUGAAAAACGGGUUGUUCUUGAAUAAUUUCGUCAGGAACGGUGAGUUGGGAUUAUUGUCCGUGGGUACGCGGAUCGAUUGUGAUAACUGCUUGGCUAUUACUCCAACCGGAGUACUCACUUUAGUGCUCACAAAGAGGACCUACCAAGAGGUGGGUCUUCAAGGUAGAGUGUCGCACUUUACCAAGAAAUUGGGCGAUCCCUACAUAGUAUGUAUUGAUUUAAAAGACGGGGCCUUGGUAUCGGGAAAAUCGAAUUACAAGAAGCUGCAAACCGUUUUGGAUAGGUUUCCGAGUUUUGACGUUAUUGUAUCGUGGUGCCCGCCCGACGACGAAAUAUGCCCGUCAUCAGUAGCAAAAUUUUUAGUAGACCGCGGGUACAAAGUCAAAUUGUGUACGCCAAAAUUUGGGAGGCACGUCACUGUCUCAAAUCAAACCCCGCUUAUCAAACCUCUGGACGAGAGGAAAGAAAAUGGCGUUUUAGAAUUUGUCGAAUGGUUGGGCAUGGUUUCUCUGGAAGCCGACUUGGACGGUGAUGUAGAAAGUUACAUAAAUACUUAUGAAUGUCCAGAACCGAAUGUAGACGCGGGUCUGACCCAAGUGCUACAGUGGCGGGGCCUCUUUUUGCCUCGGCACGUCGAAACCCUAUUGGUCGCUUUGCAAAAUUUAAACUCCACAAAUCCAAAGCUCUGGGUGACAUUAUACGUGCAGGGAUUUUCAGAUUCGCCCGUCGGAUGGAAUUAUGAGGAACAGCAGCAUUUCAUAAGCGGCGACAGCGGAUAUUUGAUGACGUUCUGUGAUUUAAAAUGUUUGCUUUGUACGUUCGGUUGCUCCAAGAAGAGAUUAAAAUAGA